CCACAGCACAGAAGGAUCAGACUCGGAUUAAAAACUUUAAAAAAAAAAACAAAAACAAAAUAUGGCUGCCCGAGUCGCCUUCUUUGUCUUGGCAAUUGCAGUUUUGCUCGUCCGAAACCAUGCAGAGAGCCCAGUCAUUGACUCCGAAGCCAUUAGGGUGGCUGAUUUCAGCUACGGAGGAUCAACCGGGCCGGAGAACUGGGGGAGCUUGAGCCCGGAGUACGCGGCAUGCUCGGCCGGAAAGUUGCAGUCUCCGGUGGACAUUACGACGGCGGAAGUUGUUCACAAUAAAGCCUUGAAGCCCCUGAAGAGAAAGUACUUUUCUGUGAAUGCCACUUUGAUUAACUAUGGCUUCAACGUUGCGAUGGAAUUUGGAGACGCUGGAAGAUUAACCAUAAAUGACAAGAACUAUACUCUGUCGAGAAUGCACUGGCAUACUCCUUCUGAACACACAAUUAAUGGUGUUAGAUAUGAUGCAGAGCUUCAUCUGGUCCACAUGGCCGAUGAUGGGAGCCAUUCAGUUGUAGCUUUCCUUUACAAAGUUAGUAGUGAUGAUGAUCCCAUUCUUUCUGAGAUCCAAAACAAACUGGUUAAGUUGGGUGAGGAGAAGGCAGAGAGAGUGGAGGUGGGAACGUUCGACAUCUGGAAGCUGAGCCGAAACACUCGUAACUACUACAGAUAUCACGGCUCCCUCACCACUCCUCCAUGCUCCGAGGAUGUCAUCUGGAACGUCUUCGCUAAAGUGAAAGAAAUAACUAAAGAGCAAGUUUUAGACUUGAAAGCUCCAUUGAAAUCAAAUUGCAAGGACAAUAGCAGGCCCGUCCAGCCUUUGAACGACAGGGAGAUUGAACUGUUCGAUGAACUUAAGUACUAAUUAUUUUUAAUGUUGCAGAAUAAUUAUUAUUAAUUGCAUGAAGAGCUUGUUUUGUUUGUACCAAUUAAUGGACUUCUCCAACUGGUAGUUGUGUGUGUUGGCUGACGACUUAAUUUCUCAAUUCUCUCUGUUCUUGAUUUAA